GACUGACUCUUUUUGGUUUCUCUUUACUAACUCCGUCAAGCAGUGUGUUCUCCAUUGGAGCUCCUCUUUUUUCAGCUGCCGCACUUGACCAGGUCCUUUACAGUGCCCCCACCGCGUUCCGAUUCAUCUCCCCUUGCAUAUACGUUCGACAUGAGAUAGACAGAGAGAGGGAGGAGGGGCAGCAAUGGCAGAAGAGGGUGGCGAGUCGGAGAUAACGCUGGAGCACACUCCUACAUGGAUUGUUACUCUCGUCUGCACCGUUAUUGUCUUCAUCUCCUUCGUCUUCGAGCGCCUCCUCCAUCGCCUAGGCAAGGUACUCAAGAGGAAGAACCAGAAACCCUUGUUCGACGCCCUCCAGAAAAUCAAAGAAGAGUUGAUGCUGCUGGGGUUCAUCUCGCUGUUGCUGGUGGUGCUCCAGGGCUCCAUCCAGCGGAUAUGCAUCUCUGAGAACCUCACACAUCAUUUGCGUCCCUGCAAGGGGGAGGCUACUGCAACUUCGACUGCCCACUAUGUUGUUAGUUCCUCGGGCAGGAUUGUCGGGGGUGCUCGUCGGCUCUUGUCCGGCGGAGGAGAUUCGACAUACUGUCAGAAGAAGGGAAAAGUUCCAUUACUAUCAAUUGAGGCAAUCCAUCAGCUACAUAUUUUUAUCUUUAUUUUGGCUGUCAGUCAUGUAGUACUCAGCCUUAUCACUGUUGUUCUAGGAAUUGCACAGAUGCGCACAUGGAGACACUGGGAAGAUUCAGCACAGAAUUCUGUAGGGAAUGUUCCCCUAAAGAUCAGUCAUGUACAACAAUUUGAAUUCAUUAGAAAGCGUUUCAAGGGCUUUGGAAAGGAUUCAUUCAUAUCAAGUUGGUUGCAUUCUUUUUUUAAGCAAUUCUAUGGAUCUGUCACCAAAACUGACUAUACCACAAUGCGAUUAGGAUUUAUCAUGACUCACUGUAAGGGAAAUCCUAAAUUCAACUUCUACAAGUAUAUGAUACGAGUCCUUGAAUCUGAUUUUAAAAAGGUGGUUGGUAUAAGUUGGUACUUAUGGAUUUUUGUCAUGGUAUUCUUAUUAUUGGAUAUUGCCGGUUGGAACGCAUAUUUUUGGAUAUCAUUUAUACCUCUAAUUCUUCUACUUGCUGUUGGUACCAAAUUAGAACAUAUUAUCACUCAGUUGGCUCAUGAAGUUGCUGAGAAACAUUCUGCGAUAGCAGGCGACUUGGUAGUUACUCCUUCGGACCAUCUCUUCUGGUUUCACAGACCGAGAAUUGUCAUCUUCUUGAUUCACUUUAUCCUAUUUCAAAAUGCCUUUGAGGUUUCAUUUUUCUUCUGGAUAUUGACAACAUAUGGUUUCGAUUCAUGCAUCAUGGGAAAAAUAGGCUUUAUAAUUCCCCGAAUCGCGAUCAGUGUGUUGAUCCAGUUUCUCUGUGGCUAUAGCACCCUUCCGCUCUACGCCAUUGUUACUCAGAUGGGUAACUCAUUCAACAAAGCCAUAUUCAACGAGAAUGUGCAAAUAGGUCUUCUCGGUUGGGUUCAGGGAGCAAAGAAGAACAAGAAAGGUACGGUAGUCGACAGAAGCAAUAAAUCUGAAAACCCUGAAGCUAUUCUGUUACAGAAUGUAGUCGUCCAUGAAAGUUCUGUAGUAAGGGGAGGAAAUGAGAUUUCUGAAGUAUAGGCUUUAUGCUUAGUCUACUGAGAGACAUACUGGUCGGAAUUAAUUCUUAUUGUUCAAUAGAUAAGUUCGUUCAUAGGAAACAGAAUAAAAAUUGCCAUCCUGAUCAAAAGCAAUUUGGGAAGAACAGAAAUUAUUAAACAAAUGAAGAUGAUUCAUAUCAUAGACACAAAAGUAGUGUAAUAUUUUGCAACAAAACUA